CAGGCGCCGGGAGGGGACACCGAGCGGGAGAGGGGGGUGGCUGCACCCUGGAGCCAGGGGCUGUCCCGGUGACCCCUCUCGCUGCCCCUGGACAGGGGGAGGCAGGGGCGGGGACGCCCGGCGGGAUGCGCGGCUGCCGCGGAGCGGGGCCAGCGCGGCGGAGAGCGGAGGACGAGUCCUUGAACCCUCCCGCGCUCCGCUCCUUUAUUUCAUUUCAUUUUAUUUCUCGGUUAAACCACCGCUGCAUAUUCAUGCGCCGCUGCAAGGCGGAAAUCCCGGUCCGGCGGAGAGGCGAUGCCCGGCCCUGCCGCCGGCGCGGCGCGGGCACCGGGGGGGGUGGGGGGGGCUGCGCCGCACACACCUCACCGGCCCCAGGGGGGGCCCCGGCUCGGCGCCCCGCGACCCUUCUCCCGGGGCACGUCCGGGCGGCAGGUUGAGGUCCCGGCGGGGCCGGCGCCCGGGAGCUGCGCGGGGCUGCGCUGCCGCGGCGGCCGCUGCGGCUUUAAGGAGAUGCGUUUUCCAGCCUGUGUCGCAGCAACUUUGUAUCAGUCAUGUCGCCCGGUGGGUGACUGACGGCGCGCCCCAGCCAAUGGGGCGGCGGGCCGGCCCUAGCCGCGCGGCGGUCCGCGUCCCGCCCGCCAAUGAGGGCGGGCUGGAGGCGGGACGUAAACUUCGACUUUAGGUGGGCAUGUGACAUGUUUUUAAAGGACUUGGCACCUUUUCCCGUCCCCUCCCGGGUGCCGGUCCGUGUCACCGGGCGGCACGGCGCGGCGCGCCUCGCCUCGCCUCGGGCGGGACGGCGAGGGAGGGGGCUGAGCGCCGACCGCCCCUCCGCUCCGCGCCGCCCUCCGCUCCGCGCCCCUCCGGCGGGGGCUCCGGGACUCGCCCCGCCGCAACAGUUACCGCGGGACCGGGGCCGACGCGGGGGGCGGGGGGCACCCCGACCUGCACCCGGAGGUGGGGCUGGGGGGGGGUGGCGGGGGGCACUUUGGGGGUUGGCACCCGGAGGCACCCCUCCGUGCUCUCCGUGGGGACGAAGGGGGUGUCGCGGUGGUUACCCGGACCCUCCCUGCCGUGGGGGGGGUGGGGGUGGGGAGUGGUGCGUGCGCGGUAGAAAAAGUGCUUUUCUGCAUCGCUUGAGGGGCCGAGAGCGGGGUUGGGCUUUCCUGUCCCCCCCAUUAGCUUCCCCGGGCCGACCCCCGGUGGACGCCUGCGAGGGACGGAGGGAGCUCCCGGGCACGGCUGGCUUUUCCCACGCCCGAUAAUCCGGAUUGUACCUGCGGGAAAGCGGACGGGGAGCUUGGAGUGGCGGGUUAGGGGUGCAGAGCGAUGCCUACUGCCCGGGAGCUGCGGUGACGGGUGCUCCACGCAGCGUAGGGCAGAUAGGGAAAUAAGCGCGCGCGCUGUGUGCGCGGUAGUUCGCACGCGUGUCCGUGCGUGUGAGGACGGAACGAGCACCCCACGACGUGGGUGACGCGCCCCGCGCUCCCCGCCGUGCUCCGGUGCCCGGGGGAGAGGGGGCAAACCCCAGCCCAUCUCUGGCGACGAAACUCCGGUCUCCUGGUCGGUUUUAUGUCGGCAGAGCGGCUCGCAGGCAAUGACACUUAAAAUUUCGCUUUGCAAACACCGGGAAAUAAGAAAUAGGUGGUCGCUCGAGCCAUUGGUUUAGCUUUUUUUACGAAACUGGAUUUACUUCAUGUUUUCCCGUAUCUAGGUGACCUUUUGGUUGCAGGGAUACCAGUUAUGGAGACAAAAGGAUACCACAGCUACCCAGAAGGCUUAGAUAUGGAGAGACGGUGGGGUCAAGUUUCUCAGUCUGUGGAGUAUUCUUCUAUAGGUGCUGGAGAGCAGACUGAUGACAAUAACUAUAUGGAGAUUGUAAAUGUAAGCUGUGCUGCCGGAGCUUUUGCAAACAGCAGCGCUCAAGGAAACAACAAAGAAAAACCUGAGCUACUCUCCUGCUUACAGCAAGACAGCAGUCAGCCUGGUCUUCUGCCCUCUGACAUCAAAACCGAAACGGAGUCCAAGGAGCUGUCAGCAACGGUGGCCGAAUCCAUGGGUUUAUAUAUGGAUUCGAUACGAGAUGCCGAUUACCCCUACGAUCAGCAGAACCAGGGGAGCCCAGGAAAGAUCUACCAGAACGUGGAGCAGCUGGUGAAGCUCUACAAGGAGAACGGCCACUGCUCUUCUCCCCUGCACAGUGCCAGCAGACCCUUGAGGUCUUUGAUGUCGGACUCUGGGAGCACUGUAAACGGUGGUGCCAUGCACGCUAUUGUCAAAAGCCCUAUCAUGUGUCAAGAGAAAAGCCCUUCAGGCUGCAGCCCUCAGAACAUGGCUUCCUCAGUGUGUAGUCCUGCGGGAGUUAACUCUGUGUCCUCAACUACUGCUAACUUUGGGAACUUUGCUGUGCACAGCCCCAUUGGCCAGGGAACCCCUUUGUCACGCUCGCCGAACGUUGAAAACAGGGGGUCUAUGUUGCACAGUCCUGCGCACGUUAGCAAUGUCGGGUCUCCACUUUCUAGCCCUAUAAGUAGCAUGAAAUCACCAAUUUCUAGUCCUCCCAGUCAUUGCAGCGUGAAAUCUCCUGUCUCAAGUCCCAAUAAUAUCACUAUGCGAUCUUCUGUGUCCAGUCCUGCAAACCUGAACUCGAGGAGCUCCAUUGCCAGCCCUUCCAAUGCCAAUAAUAGGUCCACUCGUUCUAGUCCAGCGGUUAGCACUGUGGGAUCAUCCAUCUGUAGCCCAGUAAACAACUCCCUAGGAUUCUCAGCUUCCAGCACGCCGGCGGGACCUAGCAGAAGCCAAGAUACUGUUCCCAGUCCAGAAACAAAAGACAAGGGUGCUCAAGAACUCACAUUUCCUAAGAUGGAGGAAAUGGAGAAUGCCAUCUCCAACAACAGUCAGAUGAACCUUGUUCAGUUCAUAAAGCCUGAGCCAGACGCUUCCUUCGGCAGUGCGUGCAUUGGUGACAGCAGCAAAAUAAACUCCGAUUCCCCCUUUUCAGUACCAGUGAAGCAAGAGUCAGCCAAGCAUCCUUGCUCUGGUGCGUCUUUUAAAGGGAAUCAAACAGUAAAUCCUUUCCCAUUUACAGAUGGCUCGUAUUUUUCUUUCAUGGAUGACAAAGACUAUUACUCUCUUUCUGGGAUUUUAGGACCACCUGUUUCUUCAUUUGACGGAAGUUGUGAAGGUAGCGGUUUUCCAAAUCCAGGCCUGCGUGUGGGAAUUAAGCAGGAGCCUGACGAUGGCAGCUAUUACCAAGAAAACAGUAUACCAUCCUCUGCCAUUGUGGGUGUAAAUUCAGGUGGACAGUCAUUUCACUACAGGAUCGGUGCCCAAGGCACGAUAUCUUUGUCACGACCGGUUGCUCGAGAGCAGGCGUUUCAGCACUUGAGCUCGUUCCCUCCCGUCAGCACGCUAGUGGAGACGUGGAAGUCGCAUUCAGAGUUGGCAUCCAGAAGAAGUGAUGGGUAUCCAGUUCUAGAGUACAUUCCAGAAAACGUGUCCAGCUCUUCAUUGAGAAGUGUAUCAACUGGAUCUUCAAGACCUUCCAAAGUGUGUUUAGUAUGCGGAGAUGAGGCAUCUGGAUGUCAUUAUGGGGUGGUUACAUGUGGCAGCUGUAAAGUUUUCUUCAAGAGAGCAGUAGAAGGACAGCACAAUUACCUGUGUGCGGGAAGGAAUGACUGCAUAAUUGAUAAGAUUCGGAGGAAGAACUGCCCAGCCUGUCGAUUACAGAAAUGUCUGCAAGCUGGAAUGAAUUUAGGAGCUCGGAAGUCCAAAAAGUUGGGGAAAUUGAAAGGGAUGCACGAGGAGCAGCCACAGCAGCGUCAGCAGCCGCCACCCCAGAGCCCCGAGGAAGGGACGACGUACAUCGCACCCGUGACUGAGCCCUCUGUAAACACAGCACUUGUCCCCCACAUGUCUGCUAUCUCACCAGCACUUACUCCCUCUCCUGUUAAGAUCCUUGAAAGCAUUGAGCCGGAGAUUGUGUAUGCAGGAUACGACAGUUCGAAGCCAGACACAGCGGAGUACCUGCUUUCCACCUUAAACCGCCUGGCCGGCAAGCAGAUGAUUCAGGUGGUAAAGUGGGCAAAGAUACUUCCAGGAUUUAGAAAUUUGCCUCUCGAGGACCAAAUUACUUUAAUUCAGUAUUCAUGGAUGUGUCUGUCAUCGUUUGCCUUGAGUUGGAGAUCGUACAAACAUACAAACAGCCAGUUCCUCUAUUUUGCUCCAGACCUGAUCUUCGAUGAGGAACGGAUGCGCCAGUCUGCAAUGUUUGAGCUGUGCCAGGGGAUGCACCAGAUCAGUCUGCAGUUUGUUCGCUUGCAGCUUAGCUUUGAGGAGUACACUAUAAUGAAAGUUUUGCUGCUGUUGAGCACAGUUCCCAAGGAUGGUCUCAAAAGCCAAGCUGCAUUUGAAGAAAUGAGGGCAAAUUACAUUAAAGAACUAAAGAAGAUGGUAACUAAAUGUCCAAGUAACUCUGGGCAAAGCUGGCAGAGAUUCUACCAACUGACUAAACUUCUUGACUCCAUGCAUGAUCUUGUUAGUGACUUAUUGGAAUUCUGCUUCUACACCUUCCGAGAGUCUCAGGCACUGAAAGUAGAGUUUCCAGCCAUGCUGGUGGAAAUCAUCAGUGACCAGCUACCAAAGGUGGAAUCUGGGAAUGCCAAGCCCCUGUACUUUCACAGGAAGUGAUAGAAAAUGUCUUAAAUGGAAGAACUUUGCCUUAAGUUUCCCUGUGUUAUUCCACACCCAUGAAGGACCCAAGAAACCAUAUUUUAAACAUGCUAUUUACACUUGUUCAGCAGUCUCUGAAUAGUCUAAAAUCAUAUGGAGGGUUUGGGGAAUGAAAAGCAGUUGACUUGGAUUUGGCAAGACCUAGAUGUUUGGAAAUUACCCCAUAACCCUAAAACACUUAGAAAAUGUUCCUGUUCCUCUGGAUGAAAAGCCAUAUCUAGUCAAUAACUCUUUGAUUUUGAUAUUUUAACAGAUGGAGUUUUAAAUAUGCCAUGUAGUUUCUGGUAUUGUUUGCUUGUUUUAAAAGGGUUCGAGAACUAAUGAGAACUUUUUAAAGCUUACCCUUGGUUUGCACAUAAAACGUAAAGUCAAUAUGGGGCAUUAAUAUUCUUUUCUUGUAAAAAAAAGAAAAAAAGGACAAAAACAAAACCUAUAUAUAUACACACAUAUAUACACACACACAAACCCUAACGUGUAAAGUAAAAACAGAACAUUUGGUGUGGAAUACUCUGUUAUCCCCACCUGCGGCAUUUGUUAUCCCAUGUUAUCCCAUCAUAGAUGCUAUACACUGUGUUAAGUGUCCAUUUACUAUUUAAUUACAAAGGAUGAGAUGCGAAAACAAAUGCCCUGGUAUCAAUUUAUAGUAUCUAUUGUGCUGGCUUUACAAAUAAUUUUUUGCAGUCUUUUGCUGUACUGUACAUUGCUGUAUGUAUAAAUUGUGAAGGACCUGAAAUAAGGUGUAAGGAACUUUUGUAAAUGAGACAAAAAAAAUCUCUUUAAUGGUUAAUAGGAUGAAUGGGAAAGUAUUUUUGAAAGAACUCUAUUUUGCUGGAGACUAUUUAAGUACUAUCUUUGUCUAAACAAACAAGGUAAUUUUUUUGUAAAGUGAAAUGUUCUGCAUGCAUAAUGAACCGUUUACAGUGUAUUUAAGAAAGGGAAAGCUGUGCCUUUUUUAGCAUCAUAUCUAAUUUACCAUCCUACAGUAUCUGUUGUAAAUAACCACACUUAACCUUUUCAGUUGUAUUUAAGCCUUUCUAUUUCCCCCUCUAUAUUUUUCUCCCUUUCGUCUCGCUUGCAAGCGUAUCUGACUCGAGCACAUCUUUGAACUUCUGCUUCAUAUUUCUGUAGGAAACUACACUCUGUUGUGUUUGCCAUCUUACCAAGGUUUCAUUUAACAAGACAAAUUACGGUCUCUCCAAAAGCUUUUGCCAGCUUAAUGAUAUAGUGAGUUCUUGCCCUCGGUUCCCUUUCUCUCUCAGGGGAACAGGGGUGAAUAAGAUGUUGAAUGAUUUCUCUUUUUUUAUUAAGGCUUCCCAGAUUGUUUGGUUUUCCUUUGAAUACUGGAUACAUAAAGCAUCUUAAAAGGUCAGAUUAUUAUUUCAGAUGGGGGAGAGCGAUUUCUGAUUAUGAUGAAGGGAACAUGCAGAUCAUUACAGUAAGUAUACGAAACAGAUUUGUCCUGGUGAAAGGGGUGGUAAGGUGCUGCUAAGGGCAGGCAAGCUGAGUAGAAUUUUUAGUGAUAAACUAAAACCGCGUGUAAUUUUGUAAGCGUUUUUGUAAUAAUCUGAAUACAUCCGAGAAGACAAAUGUUCACACUACAAGUUCAACUCAGUCGGUCCGAUUUUGUCUCAAAAAUGUUUUCUCUAGAGUAAGACUGCAAAGAAAAACAAAAACAACUUUUUGAGGUGAUUUUCAUUGUUUCACAAUUUAUAAGCAAAUACAAAAUUUUGGAGUAGAAUAGAGGACAGGUGAACUUUUCUGAGGCUCUACUGUUGCUACCAUAUGCUCAUGUUUAACUAGAAUAGUUUUUCAGAGUCCUAUAGUGUUCUCUCUGGCUGCCACUGAUAUUUUGGAGCUCUAGUUUGUCCUCUGGCCGGUCAGAAUGUAGCAUUUCUUUCAAAAGGUGGUUGAAUGCAGAAUUCUACACCCUUUCUGAGUCCAAAUUCUGCGGUGCGCUUUGGUGCACUGAAGCCAGUUAGUGCUACUUGUCUUUUUAAAUGACACCUGCCUUAUGCAAUGGGGAAUCUGUAAAGACUGUAUUCAGAGAGAUUUUUUUAUAUAUAAAUAUAUACAUACAUAUAUUAUUUGCAUUUUGGAAGUCUAAUUCAUAGGCAGAUCUUUCAAUACUGACCUGCACAGCAAUAUGAAAGCCAAACUUCCAACAUGAGAUACACAGCAUGCAGACUGGUUGUUUACAGUAAAGACACAGUCCUACAUCCAUCUUUUCAUUUACCUUUUUUUUUUGUUAAAGUCUGAAAUAGGAAAUUUCAAAGCCAGGUUCUGGGUGAAUACAGUCUGCAGCAGCUUUUUAUAUUAACAAAGUUACUGCCUCCUUUUCUGUCUCAGAGUAACUUUGCUUGAUUAAACUAGCAAAGCCAUAUUCUACACUUCACUGUUAAAUGCCUGUCCCAGUCCAAAUUGUUGUCUGUUUGCUCCUAUUUUUGUACCUUAUUACUUUUAAUCUUGGUUUGGUACAAUUCAUAAUUCACAGAAACUUCAUAUAAUUAAACACACUAAAUUAGUUUUAAAAAGCAAUUUAUAUCUUUAUGCAAAAACGUUAUGUCUGUCUUUGCAAACAACUGUAAGCAGAUUAUAAUAAAUCCUUUACUUUAAUCACCUGUUGUUUAUGAAACCAUUCAUUGAUUAUUAUUUUUUGCUAGAGAUCAUUGAAGUAAUAGAUACAAUUGGAUAUAGAUGUUGUAAGAGGCAGUAUUCUCUUAGCAAGGACACUUAAGCAGAAUAGCCAUCACUUUUUUUAUCUAAACCUGUGUACAGCAAAGAAAUAAAGAAAGAAACCAACAACCCUAGUUUAUAGCUACCGGGGGAAGUUCCCUUCUUUUGCAUUUGUUUAGAGUGAAAUAGGCAUUUGUCUCCUGCAAAAUACAAGACAUAACCUAAAAGACCUUUUAGGAGUGGGCUUCUGUUCAUCGAGCUGAAUUAUUUUGGUGUUAAGAAGGAACAGGGAUAUGCAGCAAGCGCAUUGUAUACACAGUUAAAAAUGUAAAAUAGUGUUAAUGUUCUGCAGUGGGUAUUUCAGGAAUACUACACGGCGUGCGACUGAACGGUUGCACAGAGUAAACUAGAAGAGACUAAAGUUUGCAAUAGCAGAAUCUUAUUAAAAAAAGAUACUUUACAAUCAAUAAUGCAAAAAGCUAAUUCACAGGGUGGUGUUUUUCACUGACUUGUUUAAACAUUUAUGAAAUUAAACAAUUCUACAGUUAAUGCACUUUUAAUUGUUUAUUAAAGAUUUGACUCUUUCUUUUUUUAGAGCAAUGUUUUCAGCUGGAGGUCAAUGACUUGAUAAGAUAGACAGCAGUUCUGAGGCCAGGAAGCUCAGAGGAAUGUUUAAGAAUUCUUGGAGUUUAAAUAGAUUCCUGGAUGAAAAAGAAAAGCAGCCAGCAGUAUGGUGUAAACAGUAAAAUCUAUGCAUAAUGAUGCAUUUAUAAUUAGGGGUUUGCUUCUGUAUGUUUAAAGCUUUUUAAAUAAAUAGAAAAUAUUGUUUGGUCUUUA